UUGUAUUUGUACAAAUCAUAGUAAACAACAAAAACCAUGAACUUUAACAAAUAUUUUGCAAUUUUCGUCAUUGUAGUCUUGUGCCUUUUAGGCCAACAGGCUGCCAAGGCUCAUAGCAUUUUUGGAAAUUUGAAAAAGGAUGUAGAAAGUGGUGCUCAUAAAGUGGGUGCUAAAUUGGAUAAUGUUGGCGAUAAAGUGGUAAGUGAUGUCCAUGAAACUGGUGGUAAAUUGGUCAAUAUGGCGAUAAAAUGGAAAGUGAUGUUCAUGAUACUGGUGCCAAGUUGGUUAAUACUGGUGAAAAAGUGGCAAACGAAACUCAAGAAGUGGGAUCUGAAUUGAAAAAUGAUGG